UUCAAAACAACAACAAGUCUGGAAGGAGACUGGCGACAAGAUGAGAAACCUCAUCCCAAUGUUUGGUCUCUUUGCUCUGGCAGCAGUUCACUGCGCUCUGUCAGCAUCUCUGGAAUCAGAUGAGAAGAUGGAAAAAGUCCACAAAGACGAUGGGUUAACUAAACUGCUGAAAAUAGAUCAGAUGGAGUUUGAAGCAGCUCAGAGAGCUGAAGCUGCUCAGAUGAAUGUCACCGGCGAGCAGCAGGAGGACGGACGCUACCUGGAGGCGGAUCGAGACGUCGCUGUGGAGGAGCGCGCUGCAGUGGAGGUGACGACCACAGUGGGAGGCGCGGCGGCUGACGUCACGUCACAUGAGUCAGAGUCGUCAGAAGAAGCAGACGGGAGACAGAGACGUGAGCACCACGAGGAUGUCACGGUGAUCAGUUUGGUGGAGGUGCGCGAGGACACAGUCAGUGUCGAAGGCCAGCGCAUACGGCGUGCCUGUCAGAUUGGGGAACUAUACUCGAACCUGUACUCGGACCGGACCAAGUGGACCCUGGUGGGCAGCAUAUGGCGCCGAUUGCAGAGCAAGCACGCCCCGACCGGCCGACUGAUCGCGGCCCUGGCCGGCGUCUUCAUGUGGGACAACGAGAAGAUCAAAGACGAGGAAAUACACAGAUGUGGACUCGAGCUUGAGGCUUUGGAAGCUGCAAAAAACACAAAUUCGCCGUCUCGUCCAGCAGCUGGGCAGCUAGACUCUGACUGGGAAGUUGUGAUUGAGAAAAAGGACUUUAAAGUUUGGAAGCGCCCGAUUGCUAACAGUCACCUUUAUGAAUACAGAGUUUUGGGAUCCUACAAUGAUGUUACUCCGAGACAGUUCUUCAACGUGCAGUUGGAUACCGAGUACAGGAAGAAGUGGGAUUCUCUGGUCAUCAAGCUGGAUGUGGUGGACAGAGAUGUGAACACAGGGUCCGAGGUGGUGCACUGGGCCACCCACUUUCCUUAUCCCAUGUACUCCAGGGACUAUGUGUACGUGCGUCGCUAUGAUGUUGAUAUUGAUAACAAUCUGAUGAUCCUGGUGUCAAGAGCCGUGCAGCAUCCACGAGUUCCCGAGACGCAGGAUUUUGUCCGAGUUCAUUCAUACCAGUCAAAGAUGGUCAUUCGUCCCCACAAGUCCUUCGACGAGAAUGGAUUCGACUACCUGCUGACAUACAGCGACGACCCUCAGACAGUCUUUCCUCGGUACUGUGUGAGCUGGAUGGUGUCUAGUGGAAUGCCUGAUUUUCUGGAAAAGCUGCACACAGCUGCCUUGAGAGCCAAAAACCUGGAAGUCGGCAUCCAGGACUAUGUUAGCGUUAUUAAGUCAAGCGACAUGAACCGGCAGGUGAACCAGGAGCGUCACCCUGGAGAGAACACCCACACAGGUGGACCUGGCCAGAUCUACGCUUGAACAUUGCGUUUAUAUAGUCUGAGUCAUGUUGGUGCAUUUUUCAUUUGCACUUGAUCCAGAAUUGAACCCUCCAAACCCAAUUUUUUUUUUAGUGUGUCGUCGAUCAGUUGUCUCAAGAAGCAGCAGUCUUUUUCUCAGUCAGUUCACUGCUGCCACCAGAGUCUUUUUUUGACUGCUCAGUUAGCACUUUUAUACGUAGCCAGCUAAUGCCAUACAAUGACUUUUUGACGUCUUCUGUUAGCUUUGUUAUACAACAGGUGUUAAAGCCCGAAUUCCCGACAGAAGUUUCUGCCAAAGCACUGUGUACAGGGCUUCCAUUCUUUGCCAAGGCUCAACUAAAAUGAUUUUUCUGUAGGGUCGCUGUUGGAUCAAUCUGAUUUCAACAAGUUUCAACAAAAGGAGGAGUUUUUUGGCACUUGCCGAAAUGAGAACGCUGGUUCAAUUUCAAAGCGACUCACCUCUUUGCUGCCUGAAAUAUACCGAAUGGGACUGAAAUGUUCAUCAUUAAAAGAAAGCUAAUGUUUGAAAUGUUACACAUGUUUUGUCCAGUACAGUGCAGGUCUCAUCGUCUGUUCAGUGUUGACAAAACAGCCUUCAGCAGAUAAACCAGUCCUUCAACAUCAGGGGCAAAGUGUCUUAAAAACAACCACACAAACCCUCAGAUACUAAUGCACUUCUGUUUAUGUUGGUUCCACGUUCUAAUCCUGGCUCAAAAGAAUGCUCAUGAUAAUCUGCUCCUCCCUAUUUGCACUUGAAAUAGAAAAUGAAACGAUAACAUUUCACAUUAAUUUCUGUACAUUUUUUUAUAUGGUUUGCUCUGAAUUAGCCUCAGUCUCAACACAUGCCUGGACUGUCUCUGCACGCUUAUCGAUCAUCUACAUGAAGCUGCACAUCAGUGUGAUCUCAAAUCUCCCCCCCGUUGUUUCUGUUCUUCCAUUGUCAAGUGUGUUCAGAUGGCGUUUCGGAUACAUUUGCCUACAUGUACAAGAUACCAUUUACAGCCUAAAAAUAUUGCAAACCAGCUUGAUACCAUAAGACACAUCAAGUGAUCUAACAUGAGAAGGAACAAACAUUCGAUCCUUUCAUCUCAUUGUUGGAUGAAACUGAGACUGAAGAUGUUCAUACUGUGUAAACAUAGCUAAUGUUUCCUAUGUGUCACCUGCGAAUGUACUGCUCGGGUUUCUGUGUGCGCAGUAUCUCAAGGAUGUUCACUCCUUCAGAAAUAACCUUGGGGUGAUGAUCAUGGUGUGACGAUAUGAGAUGAUGCGCGUGUAGCUGUGUGAACUAAUGAAAGAAUAAAGUGAUCUUCACAUGAAUGAAGUC